CGACAAUUUUGGCAGCGCGUCUCUGCUAUUCUGUUGAAUGGCUUUGAAGGCUUCAUUACCUCGAGACGCCCUUACCUCCAUUUCUCUUUCGAUCUCCCAACCACUGGACCCUGAAACACAUUCGGACGCAUCAAGCAGAACGAGGGAACCCGAUCAAUAGUCCUCCUAUUUGACCGUGCUGCGCCCUCGGAUUUCACCGGGCCGAAUGAUUCAAACCAAAUGUCCUCCGAUUCGAUAGACGUCGUUCAUUUCUCUGAUGCAAGCUGCAUUCUAUGUCACGAGACGAUAGCCUCCCUGGAUGAAGCCCAAUUGCUUGAUCGCAGCGUCCGCAGAAUUAAAGUGGUUCAAUGCCCUCCGCUUUGUCUCCUCUGUACACAAUCACCACAGGCCAGAACCUGGUGCCAUCUUUCCUGCUUAAGCAUCCUCAUUUGGACCCUCGGAGACGAUAAUGUACCUAAUCACGAUGACCUCCUCUCUUAUGGAACUCUCACCAGGCCCAGAUGGAAAGAGCGGCGCCUGGCAAUAUACAAUGAUGGAAAUUCCGUUGAACAAUGUACGUCAGCUCUCCGGAAAAUGUUUUCGGUUAAGUUGGUCGACCGAAUGCCACGGGAAAUCGUCUUGGGAAUAGUGAAGCUAUUGGGGCCUGUCUGUCUCUCAGCUAUAAGAGAAUUUCGGUCUCAUAUCAGCGCGUUACGUCGGAAGCCACUUGGAGCCAAGAUCUCGCUGGACCCUUCCCGCGUUGUGUAUCGAACGACAUUUCGCUUUCGCGGUAAUUCCUACAUCUCAAUGAUCAGCAAUCAAUACGAUGGACGAGAGAACCUCCGAAAACUCAGGGGGAGGCUUCGGACUGAUAGAUGUCGAGUUGCAGUAUCAUUUGACGAAAUAGGUGUCAGGAAUAUUCGGAUUUUCGGGCCAGGGGCAUCGACCAUUCCUGCGGACGGUAGUCCAUGGUAUUAUAUCACAGACUCCUCUUCGCAGGUAGUCUUCGAGGGCUUCACCGACGGUCUUAUUCUCCGAGAUAUACGCCGCAAGUUCGUCUCUAAUUUCUACGACUCAUUUUUAUGGGACACUACGAACCCUCCUACCAUUAAUAUAAAGAAUUUCUUCUCGGCAUCUUCCACAGGCGCUUCUCACUCUCGCUUCAGAUUUGUCCCUUUCAAUGCGGAAGCCUAUAUGCUUACUGUACACUGUCGGUCUCAGAAAAUUCUGGGUAUCUGCGCCCAUGACUUAGUUGAUCUCCAUCCGAGUUGCGGUAUUUGCGAUAUCUAUGUCCGGGAGAAAAACGUUCAACGCCUUUGCUUUCCAGUGAAUGCAAGAGAAAAGAUCCAAGGGAUUUGGAUUCGUACUCCAAAGCUCGUCUCUACAAAAGACCGUAGUAUUAUAGUCGAGACAACACGUUCGCGAGUCCGUACCUUCGGCCUAUAUUCGCGUAUCAACCACGAUGGCUUCGAAUUUCAUUCUUUACUCGGUCGAACGGACGGCUUCGUUGACGGAAUCUACUAUAACGCGCUCGAGGGUCGAUGCGAUUAUGUCACAGAGCUUGGAGUCAUAUGCUCUUCAGCUAACCAGAGUCUAGCUGAAGUUGUAACUCUUCCAAAUCUCCCAGCCUUCUAUGAUUCUCCCACGAGGUCUUUGGAUUGGUACCUAUCAGCUGCUCCUCUAGACAAUCUCCGCAGCCUUAGGUUCAGUUACGACGAGAAAUCGCCCUCGUGUACGGGCGUCCUACUUGUUUAUCAUGACGGGAGCCAAGAUGUACUUGGCCAACUCUUCUGGGACAGGUUGAUCUCUAGCAAAGACAUCUCAAGAGAGAAUACUCGAUACUAUAACAUCACUAUGGGAAAGCUCCACUGUGUUCAGUGGAAGGAGGUUGACUCAGAUGUGGAACCUCUAAGUGACAACAGUAAUGGAGACAACUGGAGAUCAAUUCCGGAAACUGGCACUAUCAGGUGGUGGUUUGGGCGACUCGGAAAUCGGAUCGUGAUUGAUCCCGUAAGUCUGACAUGAGCUUAACCUGCCAAAGUUCGACAAUUAUUCUUGACCGAAGUUCAUGCGCUCUGUGUCACAUGUGGUUAUACGCCAACUUCACCCCUUCUCGACGCACCGGGGGUCCCUGGAGUUACUUGGAACGAGAUGAUUUUGGAGAUCUCUCCCCAGGCUCAAUGCCCCGACGUGCAACUGGUGAGAAUCUCUUCAUAUGAUCGUAUCCCUUUCGUAACUCGGUUGCUUCGCUGGAAUGAGCCUCGAUAUAUUGCGAGGGUUCGGCCAACUCUUCAGAUCCAAAUAGUGGUUCCAGAUAUGUCGCUUCCCGUGCGCAAGUCCACAUUCUUGCCCUAGUUCCAAAGCUCGUCACUGCAUACGCCAUGGAAACUUCCUCAUGCGCUGCGAGAUAGGAUAUACAAUCACUGAAUGCCU